AUGCCCCGAAUGCAACGGCACGGCGCCGUCUCCCCGCCCCGACCUUGGCGUCUUCACACCGCAGGCUCGCGCCGCCUCCUCCUCUCGACGCCGCUCGGCGCGCGCGGACUCGACAUCCCAGAGUGCUCCCACGUCUACCUGUUCGACCUGCCGAGCAGCGCAGAGGACUACCUCCACGCCGCCGGCCGCUCGGGCCGUAUCGGCAACUCGGGCACCGCGACAGUGCUGUGCGCCGAGAAGGAGCUCUUCCGCUUGCGCCGCAUCGGCAACGCUCUCGGGAUCGACUUCGAGGAUGCCGCGCCGCCUCGCACCUAG